CCAUACUUCCUAUUACCUAGCAUCAACCAGUCUGAGUACCUCUGAUGCUGCCUACCUACCUACCUAUCUACCAAGGUACCUAGAGCAUGAACCAAAGACAUCGAAUAUGGAAUAUCUAUGGAUGAUAAGUCCUUUCUCUGGAGCCGCUAGGCAAAAACGAGUAUUUGCAAAGCUUGGCAAGGGAAAUGAAGCACGAUGUGUCAUCCCAUCGUGCAUACAGUACCAACUUCAAACUCGAAUCUAAGCCCCGAGCCGCAGCUGCUUCCGGAAGGAUCCAGGACCGGCACUGUUAAUGAUAUUCUCUAGGGAGCUAGAAUAUCACGUAGAUGAAUGCUCGAUUUAUAAUAGCGAGAUGAGAUUGCGCAUAACUCAGCGUCAAUCUACGCCCACGUGAGCGGACAGGUGCAACACUUUCCUUAGGUAAUUAUACGAUCUGUCCUAUCAGCGACGGCAAAGAUCAGGAUAGCUUUGCUGACGGGCGGACAUUUUGUCCGCUAAAGCGUCCGCCUUUAGUCUAUUUCCGGGUAUUGUCUUAGGAUAGCACGGGGAUGUGGAUCCGCAUCCCCUACUACAUGGACGUCCGUAUUCUUGCCAACAAAGUUAUAAAAGACCUGUUUUGCCCGCUCGACGAGAUAGCAUGAAAAUAAUCUCUUUUUAACAGUAUCUAAAUAUUCACACUUUUUUAGGUCUUCUUGCUAUAUUUGAAACAAUGGCGAAAGGCUCUGUUCUGGUUACUGGCUCCAACGGAGGUCUAGGCUCUGCUAUCAUUGAACGGAUCCUACGUCGACCGUCUGUCGCGCAAGACUACUACGGGCUAUACGCUGUACGCAAGACUGAGACCGCUCAUGAUGCGAAGAAGUCUCUUCAGGGUGCUGCCAAAGUGAAUCAUCAAUAUGAGCUUGUCUCGCUUGACCUCGCAAGUCUCGAUAGCGUACGCAAGACUGCUGCAGAUAUCAACGGGAGAGUUGCGAGCGGCAAGCUACCACCCAUCAGGGCGCUCAUUCUUUCCGCCGCCUACCAAGAACACUUCACCCAUAACUUCACCAACGACGGCUUCGAUAUGACUUUUCAGGCUACUUACCUCUCACACUUCCUCUUGGCGCUUCUUCUCCUCCAGAGCAUGGACAAGGAGAAGGGUCGUAUCAUCAUUCUAGGUAGCUGGACACAUGACACUACCGACCCCAAAAACAAGGCAGGACCUUAUAAAGAGACAUACGUGCCCGAGGAGUUCCACCAAAUCUUCACUGAUCCCGAGGGUAGCACGGAACCGAUCGCCAAAGGUAAAUGGGGUGUAGCCAAGGGUCUCAAGGAAGACCAGGACCCUGUGGCUGGUAUGAGGCGAUACGGAGCCGCUAAGCUAGCUCAGGUCAUGACGAUGAAAGAGCUAGCACGUCGCCUACCCAAAGAUCCGGCCUUGUCCAACAUUUCGACACUCUGCGUGGACCCUGGGGGGAUGACUAGCCCAUUAUCUCGUCGCGCUCCGUGGUUCUUGCGUACCAUUGUUCUUCCUCUCAUUGGCGCAAUAGUCGCGCCGAUCAUGACCUGGUUGCACCCCAACGGCGCCCUGCGAACCCCGUGGAAGUCGGCCGGCGACGUGGUGCGCGCGGCCUUCGACACGGACGGCUACCUCGCGAAUCCGAACGGACUCUACAUCAACGGAACGGACGUCAUCGAACCUGGCCCCGAGGCCAAGGAUGAGACUAAGACCCAGCGAUUAUGGCGCGAUAGCCUUGUUUAUGCUAACGUCAAGGAGGGCGACACCGUGCUGGCGGAUUGGAAAUAAAGAUGAGUGUUGGUGGUAAUUUGGAACGGUCCUGCGGUUUCCCCGUUAUUAAGUAGUAUAUAUCUGUAAGAUUGUCUAUACGCGAUAGAAUGCUUUUUAAUCAGAUCAAAAUUGGAACGAGAUUAAAGCGGCUCGGGUGAUUUCGCGCUGGUGUUAUAUUACGACAUGUCAUAUGACGACGAUGGGAUAUCCGAGGUCGGAAACCGCCUUCCAGCAUUAGAUUGAGAGCUAGAUUUGCCGAGUAUUAGAUGAGUGCCGCCAGGUCGGUAUCGAGAGAUUGCCAUCGCCGGAGACAAGGUCGAUCGUUUGAGCAGGCGAGCUAUGCUACGUGCCAACGUAGAUAAAUGGGCGUUCCUGUAGGGACCGUCGUAAUCCGGAUGCACGAAAUGCAUCACUUUGCCUAUGAGAAGGUUCAAGGGGUUACGACGACCGAAGAUGGAGAGCAUCUGCAGCCCUGCUGUGCCAUUGCAAGAACGUUACAUAUGUUG